CUGAAUAUUUCCACUUCAGUCUCUGUGGGGAGCAGGCUAGGCAACUAACUCUGUACUAGACAAUUCAAUUAUGUAUAAAAGCUUCAGAAACAAUGCAAUAUUGGACUGCAGAAACAUUAAAGGACAGCCAGAGCUUUGGAAGUUUUGGCAAAUCUGGUGGAAAAGUAACGCAUCCAUAUGAUUGUUGUUCAGAACCAUUUGGGAAGCCUAAUCUCAGCCUUUAUCAGACAAUCUCAAGACCACUGAAGAAAUGUCAUAUUUUGUUUAAGAAUUAUUUAAAGGGACCCUCUCGGAUUACCACCUUGGAAACAAGCCAGUCUCCAUCUGUGGAUGAGUGUAAAGCCAUAAUCAGAGAACUGGCCACAGAGCUGCAUCGGAUAUCAAAGUAUCAAGAUAACUUCACCUCCAGCCACGAGGAUGGCUACAGCCUGGCAGAGUGUCAACAGUUCAUCCUACAAUGGGCGGAGGAGUUGAGCAUCUUACCGAAGAUAUCCGUGGGGCAAAGCAGGAGCUCACCAAAGGCCCUGCGUACCUGCUGGGAGGACUAUGAGGUAGAGGAGAGAACAUCUCCAAAAGAGGCUGAGAGAAGACUGGCAGAAGCUCAGCACAUCGUCUCAGAAUGGGCUGCAGGACUACAAUCACGAAAACAGGACUCAGUGUGUCCAGGAGAGGAUGUGUGUUCAGUCCUGCAGGAUCUGGAGGGACAGUGGAAGAGAGGGAAGCUACCCAACAUGCUCCCUGUCAUGGACUUCCUCAUCUGGACUGUGUUACAGGAACAGCCUCAAGAGGGCUCCAUCCCAGAGCUGUGGCUCAAAUCCAAGCAGAGGUUCAAACAUUCAGCCUUCACCGCAGUGAUUCCUGAACCAGUAUGGGACUGGAUAAGCAAAGCAUCAGUUGACAUUCUCUUGGACCCUGAAUCAGCCAAUCCAGAUUUCAUCAUGUCCAACAAUCAGAAACGUGUGAGAGUGGGAAAAAUAAUAGAGAGUAAACAUGAUCCUAGAGACGGACACGGUCACUACCGCGCAUCUCACAAGUAUGAUGGGUGGUGGUGUGCACUGGGAACGCAGGGCUUUACCAAAGGUAGGCAUUACUGGGAGGUGGGGGUGGAAGGAAAGACAGACUGGAGGAUAGGGAUAACCAGGGAAUCUGCACCAAGAAGAGGCUUCGUUGAACUGAACACGUCAACAGGUUACUGGACACUUCGGAUGCAGGUCAGUGGGCUGAAGGCUCUAACGGUUCCGGCUGUCGAUAUCAAGAUUCCAGAACAUCUCAAGAAGAUCGGGGUCUACCUUGACAUUGAGGAGGGGCAGCUCUCCUUUUAUGAUGUUGUAGCACGCAGUCAUAUCUACACCUUCAAUGACACGUUUUCUGAACAGGUUUAUCCAGUCUUUGGUACAGUAGAGACAGACAGAGACCUUGUCAUACUGUAGUACACAGCUAAAUGGAAAAGAAAAGUCACAGAAGUUAUUGAGGAUGUCUCAUGACUAAGAACCACCCUAGACCACAGGCCUUCAUUUAGUCUAAGUGAUGACAUUACCCUAUUUUUAACAGGGACAUUUGGGGAAGUUACUCCGCCCACUUGCUUUACGACGGCACCAAUUAUGCCAAAAAACACAGCUAAUUCCAUACACGGUGUAUACAAUAUUUAGUAACUUUGUUCUGAACAUGUUCUCUUCCGUCCCCAAGCACAACAGGUUGAUGGUAAUCCAUAAUGGUGACCAUGUAUUAUCCUUACUCCAGUUAUACUGUAGCAAUUUGAUUUCUAUCUUUCUUUUUUUAUGACUUGGGAAAAGCUUUACUUUGUGAAUUUAUUGAUAUGGUGACAUUAGAUGUUUACUAUGAUUUCAUCAGUUGAGGUUAGCUACAAAAAUAAUAAUAUUUAUUUUUUCAUACUUCCUCAAUGAGUUUGUACAGCACUGACUACGCUAUAGAGGCUAAAAUCUGUUUCUUUUUUUGUUUUGCACUUAGCACUUUGCACAUUCUGUUAUUCUUUCAAGUAUGGAUUGAACGGAGUAUAUUUUAGUAUCUUGGUUUCCUUGGUUUGAUAUUUUAUUUCAUGAAACAUGGGACCAUCAUGUUGCCUUUAUAUUGUUGUUCAAACAGACCAUUUAAAGAAUUAAAUUCAAGACAAUUCAUGAGGACGUUUAUAUAGGCACAGAUGAUGUCAGAAACCAAUCAGAUAUAUUCGUCUCUCAGCAUCAGUCAGGCUCAUCUUUUCUCUCCCCAGCCAGCUUGUUUAUGAGGUAAGACUGUUUAUGAGGUAAGAAUGUGUUUAUGAGGUAGGCCUGUGUUUAUGAGGUAGGCCUGUGUUUAUGAGGUGGGCCAGUGUUUAUGAGGUAGGCCUGUGUUUAUGAGGUAGGCCUGUGUUUAUGAGGUAGGCCUGUGUUUAUGAGGUAGGCCUGUGUUUAUGAGGUCGGCCUGUGUUUAUGAGGUCGGCCUGUGUUUAUGAGGUCGGCCUGUGUUUAUGAGGUAGGCCUGUGUUUAUGAGGUAGGCCUGUGUUUAUGAGGUAGACCUGUGUUUAUGAGUUAGGCCCUUGUUUAUGAUGUAAGAAUGUGUUUAUAAUGUAAGACUGUGGUUUUAUGAGGUAGGCCUGUGUUUAUGAGGUCGGCCUCUGUAUAUGAGGUAGGCCCGUGUUUAUGAGGUAGGCCCGUGUUUAUGAGGUAGGCCCGUGUUUAUGAUGUAAGAAUGUUUAUGAGGUAGGCCCGUGUUUAUGAGGUAGGCCCGUGUUUAUGAGGUAGGCCCGUGUUUAUGAGGUAGCCUGAUCACCUGCCAUCACUACGACUUGCUGUUUCAGUCCCAUUGAUUGUCUCUGGGAGCACAAAGCUCUCUCUCAACGUUUUCGACGAGGCACAUUGAUGAAUCCAUGGUCAAAUGCCUUCACAAGAUCACUUCACAGUAGCGGCUAAUAAUAUACUAUUGUAAAACGUAA